AUGGACCGGACGACGCGGUGGCCGGGCCUGGCGCCAGACGUGGUCCGCGACGUCGCCAGCCGGCUGCACGACGCAGGCGACUUCGUCCGCCUCCACGCCGUCUGCAAGCCGUGGCGCAGCUCCCGCGACGCGCCGCCGCCGUCGAGGAAUCAGUUUCUGCCGUGGCUCCUCGCAGGUGCCGAUCGACACUCGUCGACCCCUCUCAGGUUCAGGUGCAUCUUCUCCAAGUCCAGCUACCGCGCGCCGCCGCCAUCUGUGUCCCGGAGCAACUGGGUGGGCAGCGCCGACGCCACCGCCGUCCGGUACAUCACCGUGAAACACGACCACGCUAGCCUCCACGACCCUCUCGCCGGAGAAGUCACCCGCGUUGCUCCAAUCCGGUACUUCGCCCACGACCAUUACUGGGACAGGGAUAAACCCCACGGCAUGGUCUACGGCGACGGCUCCGUCCUACUGUACAACCGAGUUGACCUUGAGCACAAUCGCGACGUGGCCUCGUUCAGUGCAGCGCUACUGCGCAGCAGGGAAGCCAAGUGGACGCUCGUCGAGAGGAUCCUCAAGAACGAGACCCCGAGGUGGCAUGGUGGAUUCUGCACUGCCUACCACGACGGUAGGAUCCUGAUCUUGGAGGAUCGCCACUGGCGCGUCGUGCUUCCAGACGGCACCGUCGCCGGUGACGUGCUGGUCCCGUUGCCCGCCUGCAACUACCCGAGCCAUUCCAACUACAUCUUCGAGUCCCGCGGCGAGCUCCUUUGGGUCUCUGUUCAUGCAUGGAUCAAACACACUUACGAGAACGGGGAGGAAGUGGCCUCCUCGUCUCGCACCUUCUCGGUGCUGGUGCACGCGCUAGAGGAAGAUGCGUCGGCGCCGGCGAAGAUGCGAUGGGUGAGAAAAGAUGGUCCUAGCGUCUCUGAUCGUGUCUUCUUCCUGGGAUCGCCCAACAGCUUCGCCAUGGACGCCGCACCGCAGCUCGGCGGCCACGCCGGGUGCGUCUACUUCGUGUACUACAACCAUAGUAAGGCUCUGCCGGGUGAGCUGUUCGGUGUGUUGAGAUACAACCUCAUCGACGGCAAGACAGAGUUUGUUGAGCGGGUGCCUCCAGGAUGGGACAACGAGAAGUGCACCUGGCUCCUUCCCCAACCUGCUGCCAUGUCUCCAAUUCAAGAAAUCACCAAGAUGUCGCCAAAGGAUCUCGAACCAAAACAGAAGCGACAAAAGACAGCCCUAGCAUGCAUGAUCAACAUCUCGAGGCAUUACGAGCCUUGGUUCAGGGUGAUAGCGCGUAAUCUGCCUCCAAGGGUCAAUAGCUCUGAGCUACAACUCUUGUUCAGCAAGCAUGGCAGAGUGUCAAGUGCCGAGGUAGUCUACAGAAAGACGAGGCGCUCCGAGCGUAUCGGUGUCAUAACCGUGUCAAUGGUGUAUGCCCAUCCGCAAGAUGCUGCAGAUGCUUUCAAAGGACUGUAUUUGGAUGGAUGCAAGCUAGUGGUUACCUUUGUGAAGGAGCGACGGCGGCCACGUCUCGGAGCACCGCAACUGCGCAUGUAACUUGAUCUUGUUGCCGUUGUUCCCCCAAAAGGUUUCAUCUAGAACUCCAUGUUGCAUUUUACUCUCCUUCCCCACAUAUCUCAAAAUUGAUUGUGUACUUGAGGCCCAAUAUAAUGUGGAAAGAGAAGGAAAAUUAGGAUUGCGCGCUUUUU